UUCGCUUGAUCCGCAUUCGAAUGUUGGAACUAAGUUACUGCUCAGACGGAAUCGAUUUUGUAACUGAAGCGAAGUCAACAUGGAUAGACCGGUGGCCAAACGCCUAGGGAUAGUGUUCCUUGUUCUGGUGAUAAUGCAACCGGACUGUGUCAGAAGUAUCGCAACUGAACAAAAACAGGUCUAUCAAGCCUACGUUGCCUCGAUGGAUCCGACCACUACCCCCAAUGUGGCUAAAGUCCACUUCCGGCGAAACACAUCAACUGCAUGGGAUGGCGUUGGUGCUAAGGCCUCCGGAAGGUCAAAUACAGAAGGCAGAAUUCCAACAGGUCUAAGUGAGACGAUCUCACCAUCAGCGCUUACCGACCGCAUAGUUCACGUAUCCGGCCAAUCAAUGAAGUCGCUAACGGAAGAAACAACAUCACUUCAAAUAGAUUCAUCAACGCCAUCACCGCCAGUAGAGCAGUCGUCAACCGGGGUGAGUGCGACCGUUGCUGGCGCUAUAGGCGCCGGAUGCUUUGGAGUAGUUGGCCUGGCCCUGCUAAUCAUCAUAACUCUUCGUUUCCAUCACCGUCAGAAUUCUGCCAAACCGACCACGCAAACAGGUGCUGUUAUGGAGAACACAGGACGUCAGGCGUCCACCAGGCGUGCGGAACUAACGGCAAACUCAGCAUACGGAGUCGGGUGCAGUACGAAUGCUGGCGACAGUGUGAGCCCCACUGCGAUCUAUGAAGAGAUCAACACGGCCGCAAAAGAUUAUGAAUCGGUAGAUUGGAAAACACACCAUACUUCUAAUGAUGCCUGUGAGGUGCCAGCAACUAAAGAACAUGAACACGUAUACCUGACGAUGUACUGAUGUGACGGGCGUUUGAUUUUAUAUCCUCUCACUGUCCAAUUUGAAUAUGUUGCAUUAAUAGAGUUUUAACAAUCCCUAAACACAGUGCAUGCAAUUUUUUAAAUACCAUCCUCUGUAAUAUCGAGUAGAUAAUGCCCAAAAUAUUUGUUCUGCAUAUGUGUUUAACCUUCCUUUAUUGCGCAUUCAGUCUUAUAGAUCAUGCGAGGGCUAGCUAAGCUUGCUUGGCUGUGAAAACGCGGAGACGUCUGCAACAAUUCAAUUCGAUUUUUGUCGAACAACACCGAUUGUAUAUGCAAUGCAAUUGAAGGAAUUCCAAUCGAGUGAGUCAAGGGCACCAGCGCGCCAGGCACCGUUCAGUUCUAUUCCUGCCAAAACUUGGACUUUCACUUGUACACCACCCAAAGCUGACUGAAGUGAUCCAAUUUCAUUCUGCAGCAAUGUCGCACAGUGCUCAUUGACUCGGAGCAUAGAUAAAAUGUAGUGAGCUUAUUGGUCCUGUUUUGGACAUCAUUCGGCAAUCAUAGUCGCAAACCAGCCUCUUGAGCAUGUGGAAUAAACAACUAACAGCGUUCACUCUAUCCUCUUUUCUCUCACAUGUCUCUUCUCGAUUUGCCAUUUGUCACAUACUUUCAUCACAUUCGU